AAAAUUUAGGACUCCCCGCCACCCCACAUUCUCAACCUCGCUUUGGGCUUCUUACUUGACAUCCGCCUGGCCCUGAUCAAGCGCAGUCUUCCCAUCUACCUCACAAUUCCUCUCCCCAUCUUCGUCUUGAUCAGACGUGCAGUUGACAGAUUCCGCACCAGGUGGUGGUGGUGGUGAGUGUUUCAGCAGCCAUGGAGUACUACCCUGCACCCGGAAGAAACCACUUGUUUGUGCCUGGUCCGACCAAUGUUCCAGAGCCCAUCUUGCGGGCUAUGAACCGCAGCAACGAGGAUCACCGUUCCCCUGCCUUCCCCAAACUCUCGAAAUCUGUGAUUGACGACGUGAAGCAGAUCUUCCGUACCACGACUGCUACCUCCUUCAUCUUCCCCACUACAGGCACUGGAGCAUGGGAGAGUGCCUUGACGAAUACAUUGUCACCUGGGGACAAGAUUAUCUCCUUCCGUCUGGGACAAUUUAGUCUCCUCUGGAUUGACCAGAUGCAGCGAUACAACUUCGAUGUGGAUGUAGUUGAUUGUGAAUGGGGUACGGGUGUCGAUUUGGACAACUUGAAGCAGAAGCUGCAGUCCGAUUGGUCUCACUCCGUGAAGGCUGUCUGUGUGGUGCACAACGAAACCUCCACUGGUGUCACGAAUGAUAUUGGUGCUAUUCGCAGAGUUAUGGAUGAGGCAAGACACCCCGCAUUGUUGUUGGUGGAUGGCGUCUCCUCCAUUGGUGCCAUUGAUUUCCGCAUGGACGAUUGGAAAGUGGAUGUCGCUCUUACUGGAUCUCAGAAAGCUCUGUCACUUCCCACCGGCCUUGGAAUUGUUUGUGCUAGUCCCAAGGCUCUUGCAGCUGCAAAGCAAUCCAAGUCAACCCGCGUGUUCUUCGAUUGGGGUGAUUACCUUAAGUUUUACGAAGCGGGAACCUAUUGGCCUUACACUCCAUCAAGCCAGAUGCUAUACGGACUCAGGGCUUCCCUGGACAUGAUUCUCAACGAAGAAGGGCUUGAUAAUGUAAUAGCUAGGCACUGUCGCCUUGGUGAAGCAACCAGACAAGCUGUUAAAGCCUGGGGCCUCACUCUGUGUACACAGGACCCCAAGUGGAAGAGUGACACUGUUACCGCAGUGGUUGUGCCUUCAUGGAUCAACAGUAAUGACAUUGUAAAGAUAGCUUACAAGAAGUACAACUUGAGUCUUGGAAUUGGUCUCAACAAAGUUGCAGGGAAAGUUUUCCGCAUUGGACAUCUCGGAAACGUUAACGAGUUGCAAAUGCUAGGAGCUCUGGCAGGAGUUGAGUUAUGUUUGAUGGAGGUUGGAUACCCAGUUACUCUAGGAAGUGGCGUGGCUGCAGCGCAGGCUCACCUUGCAAAGAAGACUCCGUUGAUUUCGUCUCGCAUAUGAGCAGCUUCUCUCUGACAUUGGGGACUGCAGAAGCAUCCAGACACAUCAGAUGUGCAUUUGCUGUCGUAUUUUAGAAAAUCCAGAAGAGUAUGCAAGGUCGAGUUAUUUGAAGCGUAAAGUGCUCAAUCGCCUUUACGAAUAGUUCGUACCGAUAAUCUUCACUUCUCACUAAACGUACUGGUAUCUCAUUUGUAUAAACGAACAGUUCUACUCCUUUGGGGCGUAGCCUGUUGGAUUAACUUCCAAAGUUUGUUACACGUUUCAGUUGCUGCGUUAACUGAAUUCUCAGUAAUUUGAGAAUAGCCUGAUUUAUAUGGCCACUUAUUUCGUUCA